AUGCAAUUUUUGGAGUAUUUACUGCUGGUAGUAAUGGUGAAGGUUAUUUCGGCUAAGUUACCCGAGUUCACAGAUCCUGUUAUUGUUGUUGGCAGUGGUUUGGCUGGUCUCUCUGCUACGCUUCAAGCAAUACACGAGGGUGCAAAUGUUAUUCUUGUCGAAAGUGAAAAGGAUAUGGGUGGUAACAGCCAAAAGGCAUCGAGCGGAAUAGCAGCUUGCAAUACGGAAGCACAACGUGUUAGGCAAAUAAAUGAUACAGCAGAAUUGUUUUAUUCCGAUACAAUGUCAGCUGGAGAUCACGAAAAUGAUCAUAUAUUAGUCGACCAAUUAGUGCGUCAUUCGUCCUCUGCCAUACAAUUCCUCAUCGAUCAUGGAGUUGAUUUAUCAGACAUAAAUCUUUGUGGUGGACAUUCGGUAAAGAGAGUACAUUGGAUACCGCAGUCGAAAGAAGGCAAACCAGUAUCGGUGGGCUUCACUAUUAUUAAAACACUGAAGGAAAAACUUCGUACGCAUGAAAAAGAUUAUCCAGAAAAAGUAAAGCUUUGUAAAUAUGCUUUUGGUAAACUACAUUUUUAG